UUAAAACCCAAACAAAAGGGCACCCUUGGUUUGGUUCCACACUGGCACUGCCCCUAGGCCAACCGAGAGAGAGAGAGAGAGAGAUUUGACACUAUAAUACACACGGGUAACGGGUAGAGAGAGAAGAAGAAGAAGCAGGCCAGCAGCCAGCAGCAGGAGGCAAGCAUGGAGACUCACAUGGAGAGCGCGCUGCGGCAGGGCCUGUCGGAGCCGGAGCAGCGGGAGCUGGAGGGCGUGGUGCGCGCGCACCACACGUUCCCGGGGCGGGCGCCAGGGACGUGCACGUCGCUGGUGACGCAGCGCGUGGACGCGCCGCUCGCCGCUGUGUGGCCCAUCGUGCGGGGCUUCGCCAGCCCGCAGCGCUACAAGCACUUCAUCAAGUCCUGCGACCUGAAGGCCGGCGACGGCGCCACCGUCGGCAGCGUCCGCGAGGUCACCGUCGUCUCGGGCCUCCCGGCCUCCACCAGCACCGAGCGCCUCGAGAUCCUCGACGACGACCGCCACAUCCUGAGCUUCCGCGUCGUCGGCGGCGACCACCGCCUCCGCAACUACCGCUCCGUCACCUCCGUCACCGAGUUCCAGCCGGGGCCCUACUGCGUCGUCGUCGAGUCCUACGUCGUCGACGUCCCCGAGGGGAACACGGAGGAGGACACGCGCAUGUUCACCGACACCGUCGUCAAGCUCAACCUCCAGAAGCUCGCCGCCAUCGCCACCUCCUCCUCCUCGCCGCGGCCCUCCGCCGGCAGCACGGAUCACUGAUGAUCCAUCAUCUAUGUCAUCUUCUCCAAUCUUCAUGGUGUACCACCACACAUGCCCGCAUGGUGAUGCUUCUUGCAUUGGUGCUCACUUUCGGUCCUCUUUUCAUUUUUCAGCAACAAAAAAAAGAAGAGAAAAUGUUGUCAAUUUGCUACAAACCAAAAAUCAUCAAUUGAGGACGCAUUCUUCUUCUUCUUUUUUCUUGUUUGUUCAUCUUAAUUGUCUACUAGUUUUUGGCUACUGCAAAUCUGAUGAUGAGUUGGUGACAUCGAUCGAAAUGGGGAUGGGUGCAAUGCAAGUUGUGUGUUUCUUUUUUCUUUCUUGGAUUGCUCUUUGUAAAUAUAUCUCUGCUCGCUCUAUCCUUAUCCCUGCAAUGUCAUAAUGUCGUCAGUCUCUUGGUUUUUGUCAAUCAAGGCUGGGUAGUUGGCACCCCUUCCCCCAUACUUUUAAGACAUCCGUUUCUUGUUUGGUUCUCUUGGACUCGACAAGUUUAUUUGAAAGAAAGCACAAACUAGAAGGCAUUUAUUUGGAUACUUGGGGUUCUUGAAUAAAAUUUUCACUUUGUUUUGGCACCUGUGUGUACAGUGUUCAUGUGCUUCAGCUGAGGACUUGGCUGCUUUUUCUCUCCCCUAGCCUCUCAAGUGGAUCAUGUGAUGUGGGGAUGGGGAUCAUCAAGGGGAAAUUGCUAGAUGUACAAACUGCAGGGCUCUAGGGGAGGACCCUUCACCUUCGCCUAAUUGCCUGCGUAGUGAGGAAGCUCUACCAAUCGCCAUGGUCGCAGCUCGUUUCAACACCUUCGCUGUGCCUCACCGCUCUAUGGAUGUCGACCACGCCAUGCCAGGCCGCCAACACCUACACACCGAUGUUAAUGGAGAUAAAUGGAGAUGAUAAUGUGUCAAGGGUCUGCACAUGAUGUCCUUUUGUCAAGGCCACAAAGCUUGUAGGUUUUGGCCUAAUUUCUACCAUAUGUCCCCCCUUAUAUCAAAAUAAUAUUAAUAUGUAUACAUGGUA